UUAAACUAAUGAUCUGAAAUUCAUUGCAAGGGACUUCUGGCUUUCCACAUUAUAGCAAUAAGUAGGAAGUUACAUUUACAAGUUUGUAUCUAUAUAUCUUCCUCUGUUUAAUUAAUUGUGCAACCACUUGCAAGUCUAUGAAUUUUCCUAUAAAUAAAUAGCCUUUCUAUUGCUUCUAACGUACACUACCAUUCAAUAUGGCUUCUUCUUCCACCAAAGUGUCCAUGAAACUUCUCAUUGACACAAAGAAUGAGAAAGUUCUCUUUGCUGAAGCUUCAAAAGCUGUAGUAGACUUUCUGCUAAACUUGCUAUGCUUGCCAAUAGGCACUGUAGUGAAGCUGCUAAGCUCAAAUGGCAUGGUUGGCAGCUUAGGAAAUCUGUAUCAGAGUGUUGAAAAUCUCAACCAGAAUUUCAUGCUACCGGAUCAAACUAAGGAUGUUCUGUUAAACCCAAGAGCUCAAAUCUCUUCAACUGAAAUCUCUGGCUUCCUUACCGACAACGAUGGCAAUGAUGAUCACGACGAAAGAAUUAAGUUAUACAUGUGCAAUAACAAAUGUAAUUUUCAGGUGGCAUAUGAUAACACUACUAAAUGUCCUGGUCGUCCUGGGUAUGGUGGUUGUGGCUAUUCUAUGACCAAUGAAGUACAAUAUGUCGGAAAUAAGAAGGUUGCUGGAAAGAAAACUUUCAUUCACAAUGGUUUUGUGAAAGAUGUUGUAACCUUCAUGGUGAUGGAUGAUUUGGUGAUUCAGCCCAUGUCAACUAUAUCUAGCAUCACACUGUUGAACAAGUUCAAUGUCAAAGAGAUUGGCACCUUGCAAGAAAAGGUGGUUGAGAUGGGAAUGGAAGAGGGUAUCAAAUUGCUUAAGGCUUCUCUGCAGUCAAAGAUGGUCUUGACUAGUGUUUUCAUCAAGAAGACAAAGUGAUAUGCAAGGAAUAGCAAGGCAGAUCUUUUAUUUAUCUUAAAAAUGUUAAGAAGCUGAAAUGAUGGGUUUUUGGUUUUAUGUUGUAGUUUUUGACUACUACAUCUGCUUGUUAUGCUUUUUUACUUUGUUUUAAUGAAUAAUCCGAUGAACGAUCAUCAUUAGUU